AUGUUGAGGACUCAGCGCGAGAAAAUGCAAGUCUGUGUUGAAUCAACUUUAAUCUUCCUCGAUAAUGCUUGGCGACAGUCCCACCCAAGAAAUCGGAUGGCCAAAGUGGCUUUUCUUGUGACUGCCUGGCUCCUGGUGAUGAUCGCCCUAUUCCACCAAUUCUUCGAUCAACACUCCGAUCUCACCUCACAGUCAACUAUCCAAGAUACCAAAAUCCCGGGGCCAAUCAACAAAUAUGGACACUCUCCCUUUCCUAGGAAGAUAUGGCAGAUUUAUCUCACGCCGCCAAAUGCGAACAAGAGUACCUUUCAUGUCGACCCGGGAAAUAUUGCCGAUGCUGUCUCGUGGCUAGCACACAACCCGGACUACGAAUACACUUUGGUCGGAGAGGAGGGAGCUGAAACGAUUGUGCGUUAUCGUUUCAAAGAACAACCCGUCUUACUCGGGAUCUUCAAUGGACUCCGAAAUACCGGGAUGAAAUCCGAUCUGUUAAGAUACCUCAUUCUAUCAACAGAAGGAGGUAUCUAUUCAGAUAUCGACACGGAAAAUCUUAAGCCGAUCGACAAAUGGGUCCCUGAAAGGUACCAGAAAGAAGUUCGGGUCGUGGUGGGAGUUGAGUUCGACCGUCUCAAUGGAAAUAACUGGGCCGAGGUGCAUCCUGACCUGCAGUUCUGUCAAUGGACUAUUGCCACAACCCCUGGACACCCUCUCUUCACUUAUAUGAUAGAAUGGGUUGUCUCUGCGCUGGAAGAGUUCCGGCUGGCUAGCAACACGACAUACUCUAAGCUCAGCCCUUCUUCAUCUGAAGUCAUGAAAUUGACUGGUCCUUCUGCUUGGACCGAUGCUGUAUUCCGACAUCUGCAGUCUUAUGAUUCGGAACUUGUCUCGUUGAGGAAUCUCAGCGGGCUAACUGAGCCAAAGCUCAUUGGAGAUAUCUUGAUUCUGCCUAUUGAUGGGUUUGGAGUGGGACAGGGUCAUUCAAAUAGUACGCAUGAUGGGACCAUUCCGGAAGACGCCUUGGUCAGGCAUAAAUUCCGGGGCUCUUGGAGACAUGAAGACAAGAUAUGA